AUGUCUUUCUCAGGGAAAUACCAGAUGGAGUCACAUGACAACUUUGAGUCUUUCAUGAAGGCUGUUGGUCUCCCUGAUGAGCUUAUCCAGGAGGGCAAAGACAUCAAGAGCAUCUCUGAGAUUGAGGAGACUGGAGACCACUUCAAGGUGACUGUCACCACAGGGACAAAGAUCCUCACCAACUCCUUCACCAUUGGCCAGGAGACGGAGCUCGAGUCGCCGACCGGGAGAGGGUCAAUGUGGUCUGUGGUGAUGAGGGAAGGUAACAAGCUGACGGCCAUCCUGAAUGGGAUCGAAUAUGUCACAGAACUUACAGACGCAAACACCCUCGUCAACACCAUGACUCUGUCUGGCAUGUCAUACAAGAGGACCAGCAAACGAAUGUGA